AUGACGUUUCAAAGUCCAUCUGGAAAGCAUUUAUGCCGCAAGCUGUUCCCUGCGUUGCAAAAGUUCAAUUAUGCUCAUUCUGACCGGUUUGCCGUUCCGUAUGCAAUCUAUACAGCUUGGUGGUGCUCUUUGAUACGUGAGUCCUUUUAUCUGCUACUCUUCUUUUGCUUAGACCGUGCAAAUCGUAGUAUGCUCUACGCAACUUGGAGGCACAUGGUUAACUUUUUUGUGAUGGCAAUAAAACCCUGUUUUCGUUGCCAAACUUGUCACAGUUGUCCGCGUUUUCAUCACGGCCCCAUUGAUGUCCGGCACAAUCAGUGA